AUGAAAAGAAAUGGAAGUGAGGUUAUCAGUCUUCUAGAAAACUACUCUGGCUCAAUGUGCGUACAUGUGCGUAUGACAGAUUUUAUCGAAAGAAGUACAAACACUGACUUGAACACGACAGUGAAAGCUGCUAACACACUAGCAAAGAAAAAGAACAUAUCACAUUUUUUGGUAUUCGGAGACGAUAGGAAUUAUAUGGUCAAAUUAUCACAAACUAUUGUAAAGGACGGUGGCUGGAGAAAUGAUGCAGUGGCUAUCUCAACUUAUGAAGAAUCGAUGGACCUGUAUUUGGCAUCAGAAAUGUGCAGCUGUUUUUUGAUUUCUACUGUCAUUUCCACUUUCGGCUGGUGGCUUGCUUUUUUUGUAAGGGACCAAAAUUCUGUGUACUACUUGAACCAUACACAGCCGCAUAUGGAAGUGGUACCCAAGGAAUUUGUUUUGUGA